AUGAUCACCCUGCCCUUCACGUUCUCCUCCCUCGUCAGCCGUAACGCAUCAUCCGUAGAGUCAGUCACCAUCUCCUACGACACAGCAUACGACGACUUCUCCGCGCAAGUAACGAACCUUGCCUGCUCGUCGAACCUUACAAACCUCGGCUUCACGAACCUGGGGUCGAUUCCUGGCUUCCCAUACAUAGGCGGCUCCUCAGCCGUCUCCAGCAGCGGCUCUACUGGCUGCAUUACCUGCUGGGAGCUGUCGUAUAACGAGACCAACAUCAACGUUCUGGUUGUCGACUACGCGGACGAGGGGCUCAACAUCGCGCAGGCGGCGAUGAAUGGUCUUACGGGCGGGGAUGCUCAGGAGCUCGGGAUACUGUGGGCGACGGCGGUGGAAGUCGAUGUAACCGAGUGCGGAAUGUGA